AUGCCCUCACUGGGAUCCACCCUCAGUCGGGAUUCUUUACCAGUCCUCAGCCCUCCCCGACCUUCGAUCUGCCUUCCGACUCUCGCCUUCCUGCAGCUUACCGCCUCAUCUCGAUGCCUCAAGAUGCUCAGAAAUGAAAGAAAGGGAAAAAACAAUGCAGUGGGCAUCAGUUGCUGCAGGAGACGGCUGCCUUCUUCCCUGUCCUGCAGUCGUUCGCUCUUCUUUCCCAUGCUUCUGCCAAGAUGGGCACUUGCUUGUCAUCCCUACAUUGGCCAGCUGUUCGGCAAAAGUCAAUAA